UGCCGGGGCCGCCCCCCCGCCCUGCGGCUUAAACCCCUCCUCCGGGCCGGUGCCGGGCGCUGCCGGCGGGACCAUGUACGCCGGGAGGAAGAGGAAGAAGCCGGUGCCCAAGAGCCCCAAACCACCACCUCCUGAGGGUGUGAAGUCCAACCCCUCCAAGCGGCACCGAGACCGGCUCAACCAGGAGCUGAACAAGCUGACUGGCUUGCUGCCCUUCCCCGAAGAUGUGUGCACCAGGCUUGAUAAACUCUCCAUCCUCCGACUGGUGGUGGGGUACCUGAAGGUGAAGAGCUACUUGACAGCUGCAGGUACGGGCGUGCGGGAUCAGCCCCGAGCCCCAGGAGGGAACAGAUGGACGCAUCUGCAGGUCAACAGGGAGCUGUUUCCAGAGGGGGACCUGCUGCUCCAGGCACUCAAUGGAUUUGUCAUCACUGUGACUGGAGAUGGCUACAUCUUCUACGUCUCCCCUACCGUGCAGAACUACCUGGGCUUCCACCAGUCGGAUCUCAUCUACCAGAGCAUCUUCGAGCUGAUCCACACGGACGACAGAGCCGCCUUCCGCUGCCAGCUGCACGAGGCCAUUCCAGAAGGAUGCAGCACUGCGGGCAGCCCCCAGCACUGCCGCCCUGAGCGCCUCUGCUUUGUGGAGAGAAGCUUCACCUGCCGCCUCCGCUGCCUGCUGGACAACUCCUCGGGAUUCCUGGCCUUGAAUUUCCAUGGACGCUUAAAACUCCUUCUGGGGCAGCAGAAGAGGGCAUCCCUGGUGCCUCCCCCACUCGCCCUCUUUGCCAUCGCGACUCCCCUCCAGCCACUCUCCAUCCUGGAGCUCCGGACCAAGACGCUGAUGUUCCAGACGAAGCACAAGCUGGACUUCACUCCCACGGCCUGCGAUUCCCGGGGGAAGGUCAUCCUGGGGUACACGGAGACGGAGCUGUGUAGGAGGGGGUCUGGGUACCAGUUUGUGCACGCGGCUGACAUGAUGUACUGUGCGGAGAACCACGUGAGAAUGAUGAAGACAGGGGAGAGCGGGCUGACGGUCUUCAGGCUGCUGACCAAGAAGGGCAUCUGGGUGUGGGUCCAGGCCAAUGCCCGGCUGGUGUACAAAGGGGGUCAGCCCGACUUCAUCAUCGCCCGGCAGCGAGCCCUCUCAAAUGAAGAAGGGGAGGAACAUCUGCGGAAGCGGAACCUGCAGCUGCCUUUUAGCUUUGCCACGGGGGAAGCAGUCUUAUACGGGAAUGACCUUCCUGAUUUCCUGGACUCCCUCCAGGCUAAGGAGGAGUUUCAAGCAAAGGCAGACUCCCCCAUGGAGCAGCACGCUGUAGAUCCCAACUCUAUUCUCGGGGCUAUGAUGAAGCAGGAUGCAUCCGUAUAUGUCUCCCACACUGAUGUCCCUCAGUUCUCCCUGCCAGAUCUCGACGCUGAGCCUGAUGGACCAAGUCGGGCUGAGAAAGCCAGCGAUGCCAAGGAGGACAGCAACUCCCUCCUGGUUGUUAUUGAAACCCUCUUUGAGAAGGGCAAGGUGGAUGGAAACAUCUGCCAAACCCUCCAGAGCCUCAACGUGGACAAUGUGGAGCUGCAGCAGUGGGAGGACACUCUGCUAAGCCUGGGUGCAGAGGAGUCACCGUCCCAGGAUGUCAGUGAGAGCGUGGGCAGCGAGGUGGGCUCCUACGUGGAGCAGAUGCUCUCUAGGGAGGGUGCUGGGGGGAGCACAGACUUCCCGCGCUGCAGUGCAUCAUCCUGCAGCGAGCAAGGCAAUUCUGUGGCUCAUUUCCAGCACUGCUGGGCAACGAACUUGGCAGCUCCACUGGCAUUUCAAGACCCUCCGCAGCCCCAGGCAGCUGGUGCACAAGGCCAAGGUGCACUUCAGCUGGCAAACUCGGGAAAAGUGUUUCAGGCAGGAUUUAACACCUCUGUUCCCACAGACAGCGUUCUUCCUAAAGGCCAGAGCCAGUCCAGGUGUGCGCUGAUGGCCUCGAGCUGCCCGCCUCCCUUGGACUCAAGCGCAUUGGUGACUCGGUGGCACGACAUCCCAGUCUGGGCAAACCCAGCCCUCUCUUUGGGUCAGAGCAUGUCCCCAGGAGGCUGCCCCUCGGACGCUUGGGUGGCUGCAGCUCCGAAACAGCUGGAAAUGGCAGGAGCGCCCCUGGAAUCACAAGCUCCAAUGGCGAGUAGCACCCAGAGCUCCCCAGGGGAUGGGUUGUGGUUGCUGCCCCCCCGCCCUGCUCCUUGCCCCGCACAGGGUGUGUGUGAGCACCUCCAGGAUGAGGACACCACGUUCCCAGCACCGCCAGGAGCCAGCCAGCUGCUGGCAGGUGGUGGCUUCCCCAAACAGCCCCCGGUGAUGCUGCCCACACAGCUUGGUGCUUGCUGGGGUGGGGAGCAGGCGGUGCUCGGUGAGGAUGCGUGGUCCCAGCACCAGGGACUUGUCCUGGGGACCAGCCCGGGUCCUGGCACCCCUCAGAUGGACCACACCGUGCUGCAUCACUGCGGGUACGGAAACAGUGAAGGGGUCUUCAGACACGAGCGUGUUUUUCUCAAGGAUGCCACUAAAACAUCCAUGUCCCAGCCUGUGCCUUGCCACCCUGGGGCACCAGCAGCAUCGGGUUUGAGGUGCUCAGCAUCUCUUCCUGGGGAGCUGGGUGCGACAGCAGCCUCCUGCGAGCUGGGCACCAGCUUCCCCCCAGCCUCCUCGGCAGGCAGGCGGCCGCACUGUGUGUGCCCUGUCCAGCAGAAGGUGCGGUGCGAGGGCUGCGGGACCUGAGGGGCACCACAGGGCACAUCUCGGUGGCCAUGGGGUGAGGCACAGCCUUGUCUGGGGGCAGCUGUAACUGUCUGCCCACCCUGCAGCACGCACAGCAACUGAGCCCCCUGGCUGCCUAGAAAUGCUUCAAACCACAGGGGUGGCUCCAAGCAGCAAAUGUUUUUUCUGGUUUAAGGUUUUCCUGGCCCUGACCCCAGCCAGCUCUGUAAAACAGGAUUGGAAAAGCCCAUUUUGAAGCCUCAGGGUGAGUUAGGAGCCACAGUUUGGGGACAUUCUUUUGAGCAGCCACCAGCAGCCAGGCACAUCCACGAGCGGUGCUGCGUGCCUCCUGCCCGCCCAGCACUCCGACCUCCUGUGCCUGAAAUGAGGUGCCCUCGCAGAGCUCUCAGGCAGGCACAGAAGAAGAGUUUGGUGGCUUUUGCAUCAGCAGGCUUUCAGGAAAAUGCAGUCCUGUCACAGCAGGGAGGUUUGUCAGGCUCUUGGGGUCCAAAGAAGGACCUCUUCAUCACUGGGGCAGGGUUCUAGGAGGUGGGUUUGGCCUCUGGCAGAGGCUGUGAUUUUCCCUGGGAAAUAGCUCCUGUUGCUGACCCUGGAUUUGUCACCGUCCUCCAGUGCCAUCAGACGCAGGGACAGUGGAGCACUGCUGUGGUUGGUAAGGAUGGUGUGGCUUUGCCAGAGCAGUGAGGAGAAGGCAGCAAGGAGGGGAGUGACUGCUCUCUGCUGUGGGCCAAUUUUGUGGCCUUAAAGCUGUUGUUCUGGAGACUGGCACGACCACUUCGUUAAAUUCCCUUUUUUCUGUGUGUGGUUUUUUGUUGUUGUUGUUUGUUUGUUUUAAGACCAAGGCAGGAAUCUUUUCCCCCUGCCUGCCGCAGGGCAAAUUCUCCUGGGUUUGUCAGGCAAAGCCCCCAGAAGAACAGGCUCAACCAGAGCACUGAGGUUGAGACCAGGCAGGGCCAGCUGGGCUGGUUGCAGAGGUCAGCAGGGCUGGGGACCUCCAGAUCCUGCCCUUGCACCCAUCACCCUUAGCU